AGUUAUAAAUUAGCUUUCACAACGGGCAGCAACCCACGGGUUGAUCGAUGAAUUUGUGGUGGACGUGUGUUGGUGUCGCUUUUCUUUUCGCUCACUCAGCUGCUCGGUGGCGUUCCCGUUGAGCACCAGCCAUUGCUGCAGCGCUACUGCCAGCUGAUCCCGAUGCGAAAACCCCCCGGUUUGCCGUGUGCUGCCGUAAUACGAAUGAUGAAAGCUGUUUAGCUUUUCGGGUGACAAGCAGCCAAAGCAGCAGCCAAGAGCGAAGUGUAGUGUAAACCCCGACCACUGGAAGUGGCAAACGGAAAACCCUCCCCCCAACGAAAGACUCGCUUCCUCGACAGAAGAAAACAAACAGUGUGCACGCGUGUGUUUGUGUGCAUAAAUGUGGUCAUGUGUACGUGACAACCAGCUUUGGCGCAACCCCCGGUUUCCGGUGAUGACGUGUGCCGCCGGCAACGACACACGGAAAUUGUUUAAAAAUUAAAGCCAAACGUGCAACGUGCGUGAUUCGCUUGUACGUGACGGAUUAUAUAGCGCGAGCGAGACUGAAGUGGCCAAAGUGCCAAUUGCCAACGCGUUCGCCUGACAAUGGAGCCUACAAUCAUGCUGCAGCUCGGUGGACUGGUGCUGUUAUUAAUAGUGCAGUAUUCCGCGAGCGUUAAAGAUGUUCCUGUCGUUGCCAUGGAGGCGCUGGUCGGCGAGACAAUCUAUCUGCCGUGCAACAUCAGCACACACGAGACGGGCGACAAUGUCGUGCUGGUGCUCUGGUAUCGGGAAGAUAAGGGAUCACCAAUAUACAGUGCGGACACCCGGGGACGGGACGUGACGUCAGCGAAGCGCUGGUCGGACGAUGCGAUGUUCGGCGACCGGGCGUACUUCCUAUUCGACAAGAAGCCCGGCGAGCUGGCGGUCCAGAACGUUCGCGAAACCGACAGCGGCACGUACCGGUGUCGGGUGGACUUCAUCGUCGCACAAACUAGAAAUAGUGUCGUAAAUCUUACAAUAAUUGUUCCCCCGGAGCGGAUGGUGAUAAGGGAUCAGCUCGGUGCGGAGCGCACGACCGUCGCUGGACCGUACAGUGAAGGCGAAAGCAUCAAUCUGCGCUGUGACGUGUACGGUGGACGGCCGACACCGACCGUGACGUGGUACCGGGACGGGACGGAGCUGGCCGCCGAAACCAGGUACAUGCCGGUCGGGAAGCAUCUGCGGAGCGAGAUCACGCUCGGGCCGCUCACGCGCCAGGACCUGCACACGAAGCUGCUAUGCCGGGCGACCAACCACGCCCGAGCGAACCCGGUGGAACAGUCCGUCCAGAUCGAUAUGAACUUUGCUCCACUGAACAUAAGACUGAUCGGCGCGCACCAACCGUUAUCGGCCGGCCGAAGAUAUGACCUCCUGUGCCAAAGUGCCGGCUCACGGCCAGCAGCCUCCAUCACCUGGUUUCUGGAUGGUUUGCGGCUCGACAAGAGCAAGGAAACGACGUCUGCCGAUGGCAACCAAACCACGAGCACACUGUCCAUCGUGCUGAAUCGGACCGAUGCGGGCAAAUAUUUGUCCUGCAAGGCCUACAACUCCUACGUCCAAUCGGACGCCCUCGAGGAUGGCUGGCAGCUUGACAUUCAAUACGUUCCCGAUGCGUACGUGAAGCUGGGCAGCUCACUCGACCCGAACGCGAUCCGCGAGGGAACGGACGUGUACUUCGACUGCAUCGUAACGGCCCAUCCGGCCGUGUAUAAGGUCGAGUGGAAGCACAAUAACAAACCGCUAACGCGCAACAUAUCGCAGGGCGUGAUAGUCAGCAAGCACUCGCUGGUGCUCCAGGGUGUGUCGCGGACCACGGCCGGUAACUUCUCCUGCGUCGGUUUCAAUGCCGAGGGUGAAGGCAACAGUCCCAUGUUCGAGCUGAACGUGAUGUAUGCACCGACCUGUGCACCGAACCAGCCCCGGGUGUACGGUGUGGCCAAGCAGGAAAACGCCGAGAUCCGUUGUGUCGUCGAUGCCAACCCGCCGGAUGUCGAGUUCAAGUGGACCUUCAAUAACUCGGCCGAAAGCAUCGAUGUGCAGGCGAGCCACAUCGCACGAUUCGGAACGUCAUCGACAGUCUCGUACACGCCGAUGACGGAGCUGGACUAUGGAACGUUGCUCUGUUCGGCUACCAACAAAAUCGGCAAACAGCGGCAUCCGUGCGUGUUUCACAUCAUCGCCGCUGGCCGGCCAGAUCAAGUGCACAACUGUACGGUGGCGAAUGUGUCCAUGACGUCGCUGUCGGUGCGAUGCUUUGAAGGCUUCAACGGUGGGUUGGCGCAAUCGUUCUUUCUCGAGCUACGCGACAGCCACACGCAGGAGGUGCGCUUCAACAACACCUCACCGGCACCACGGUUCGCCAUCCCGAACCUACACCCAAGCGUCGUGUACCAGCUGGCCGUGUACGCGUUCAACUCGAAGGGCCGCUCCGAACCGUACGUCAUGAGUGCGGCCACUCAGCGAUUGCCGGAGAAGCAGAUGAAAGACUCGGAAAAGGUCGAACGUCCCCGCUCACCGUUACCCCUCACGCCGACUCUUUCGGUGGCGAUUGGAUUGGCUGCGGCCGUACUGAUCGGCAGCUGUGCCAUCGUGCUGGCCCUCAAGUUCCCGUGCGGUGCGAGUAGUCGGCGGCAUAAGGAUACGGCGCCCAGCACUACCGUCCGAACUUCGUCGCCCGGACCGAGCGAUAAGAGUGUCGCCAGCAAGGAUUACGAUGGUAACGAGAGUGACGAGAAGAACCCGGACGUCAUCCCGGAUACGAUCGAUUCCGAUGAUCAGAUGGAGUACAUAAAGCGCCGCCAGCACAUAUCGACCAUCGACACGAGCAGCCCGAACCGGUUGCUACUGACGACGACGGCACCGAACCAACCGUUCAUCGGGACGUCGAUGGCGGCCGCACUCCACGCCAACCACACCACCAGCCUCGGUUACUGUACGUUGCGCAACGGCACCCCGCAGGCCUCCAGCUCGAUCACGAACGUGUCGAUGUGUCACGUGCCCUCGACCUUCACGACGGCAUCGCACGCCACCUGCACCUUACCGCGACACCCGAUCGGUGGUUCCGGUGGCGGUCCGCAUCCGGCCAGCAUCACCGGUACCGGUACACACCAUUGGCCCUCGUACGGUGGUACGAUAGCGGGUGUCCGCAACAUUACCGCCAUUUCGGUGACGAGCGCCAACCAGGCGCUAACGGUCGGGGGUGGCCCGGGACCACAGCAACUGCCACCACCGCCGCCACCGUCGGCGAUCGCGAUGCAGCAUCUCGGUCCAACCGCCCGGACCCGGGUCUGUUUGGGGCUGCCCGAAGACGACGUAUCCGCCGAUACGCCCCUCAUGAUGAAGCGCGAAAGCACCGUAUGACUAUAGGAGUCUCACAGGGUCGGUGACACGGCCCUGUGAGAACGUGCACACACCCAGCAACAACAAACCGACGCCAACGACGACCACGAUGACACCUGAGCCAGCGUGACCAAGGUCGGAAGGACGCCCGGAACGGGACCGGACACGCCGUGGAUAGUUGGAUUGCUUCCAAUGGAAGCGCUUCGCAAUGUGCAGCGGUAACCCCCCUACUGGCGUGUUACCUGGCUGGACCCUGGCGAGUCCUCGAGUGACGCAACGGAACGCGGAACGUUGUUAUCAUUUCCUCAAUCCCAGUUUCGUUGGUUUCGUGAUAUCAAGACGCUGUGAAUAGUAGCCAGUAGCAACGGAACAGAACGGAACGAAACGGAACGGAACGCAGGGAAGGACUGUUCCGUGAAAUCGAAACCGAAACCCCUCCCCUAAAGAGAGAAAGAGAGAGCUUUUAGCACCAGCCAUCAGCAUGUAUAUAUCAACAAUGUCUGUAAAUAGGAGAAGAAGGAGAGGUUGUCUUAUCUAGCGCAACGAACGAUGGUCCGGGGGUAAGUCGAAUCGAGUUGUCCGUUAGUCCCGGUUACCCGUGAAGAUGGUGUCCUGCACAUUAUUAACUAUUGGCCAAACUGUUGGCUGCAUAGCAGUCACUAGAAACCGGAGCAGAGCAGAGCAGGGACCGCGGGAUUUCUAUCAAAACAGGAACAGGACUCAACUUGGAGCAGGUUAUUUAAGCUAAGAGAGAGAGAGAGAGAGAGAGAGAGCAUUACAACAACAACACACACACACACACACAGACACACACACACUCAUGAUGAUCCUGAGAAUUGUCCGCCAUUCCUUAUCCUUAUCAAACAGAAACACAAAACUCUAGCUAGUCAAUAUUGAAAGCGAUCGGGAUUUAAGGGAUGGAUUCUGGAAGCAUAUUAAAGAGCGUGCGUGUGUGUGAGUGUGUGUGUGUGUGUGUGUGUGUGUGUGUGUGAGUGUGUGUGUGUGCGUGGCCAGUGGCUCAAGCUCGCCAGCGCUCCAAAGCUCAUCUCACAUCAUGGUUCCUUUCAACCUGACUUUCAAACGUUCCUUCUCCAACUAUCGCUUUGAUAAGAUUGCCCAAUGGCCCCUUGUGGGGACGGGGGAGCCCCCCCCCCCCUAGCUUGUUCCCGGUUCCUUAAUUUAUUUGCCUUUAUCCCGGGACAAGCCCUCCCUCGGGGCUCUCCACGACUGGAGCGACACAUCCUGGUGAACGGCCUCAACGGAACGGCCCAUAUCGUUGCAUCCGUGCUGACAGUGAUUGAUGACGGUGAUGGGGAUGGUGCUAGUUUUGUGGCCACCCCCAGCCUCCCAUCCCGUACCGUCCUCCCCCCCCGGGGCCUCUUCUGCGCCGUUACAACUGUCAGCGCAAUCGAUGAUGGAUGUUUUCUUCGUGGUUCCGUUCGUUCGUUUUUUUUCUCUCUUUCUUUCUUCGCUGCUCCGUCGCUCGGAUUUUGAAAUUGGUUUUUCCGUCGUCGUUCAGGCCCCCUCGUUGUGGGCGAAGUGUUGUUGUGUCUAUCUUUGUGUUGUCUCAUCUGCCUGCAGAAGAUACGUUAAUGCUGAAGAGAUGGGCUGCUGUGACCGUGCUCUCCCCGUCAGAUAUCUUGUUGCAGCUGCUUAUCAGCGCAGUAGCGUUUGUGGUAACGCUUUGCUGUGAUAAACGGACAGCUGUUGCAUGCAAAGCUGCGCGAAAACUGCGCGGAGGAUCGAGCUCUCGGUCUCAUUAUCAUGCCACCGAACGUUGGUUGGUCGACUAUUUAGAACCAUUUUGCUCGAACUGGUGGUUCACCGGAACUGAAUCGUUGAAGCUCGGACGCAGCAGCUUCCCCUUGUGUGUGUUUUCGAUUCCCCAAAGCGUAGACAUGAUCGAUGAUGCAGCGCAGCGGUAGGACGGUUUCAUUUUAUGGUUUCCUGCACCACGUUUCAUUGCCCUACCACGAUGGUGCUCCAUCACCAACCCAACCGUUUGGAGUGGGAAAAGUAACAGAGAAGCCCACCUGUCUUGGGAUUACACUGACGACAGUUUCAUAGUUCAAGAGCGUCGUUCCAGCGUCCCAACAGUCGCAACUCUUUGUCGCAACUGGAAAGACGUAUUCCGGUAAAGCUUUUUCGUUGAACAUUUCCCGUUUACCGUUAGCGAGCC